AAUAUAGUUUCAGUAUUCUUAUUUGGUUUUGCAUUUCUUCAUGGUAUCAGAGCAGAAUAACAUAUGCAUCUGAAUACUAUAGUCUGUUUUCAUUCUGCUACAUUUGAAACUUUCUUUCAUACUUCCUCACAUUUCGGUUCGAAACAGUUUCAUCAAAUCAAACAGUGUCAAAGAAUAAGACUAAGCUUACCAUUCAAAGCUUCCAUCAAAUGGCAAGCUUAAUCUUGGUUAAGCUCUCAAACACCAAUUUUUUACUUUGGAAAUCUCAGGUCUUUCUGUUAAUCCGGAGUGCUCAACUCAUGAACCAUCUUGAAGAGGAGGCACCUGCGAUGAAUAUCACAAGGAAUGGAAAAGAAGAAAUAAAUCCAGAUUAUGAGGUCUGGUUAAACAAUGAUGGAUUGCUCACUAGUUGGUUACUUGGAACCAUGAAUGAAGAAGCACUGAGUUUAGUUGUUGGAUGUGAUACAACUAGCCAAAUCUGGAGGUGUCUUGAAGAUCAUUACCUUGCGUCUACUAAGGAACAAGAAAUUCACCUUAAGGGGCAAUUAACAAUCAAGCGAGGAGAUGGUGAAUCUCUUGAAAAUUUCAUAAGGAAGUUCAAAGGAGCCUGCGAUAGCUUAGCUGCAAUCCGCAAGCCCGUCGAUGACUUGGACAAGGCAGCAGAGCAGGAAAACAAGGAUAAAACUUUAGCAUAUGCUCAAGUGUUUGUUGCACAAAGGGGGAGAGGUCAACAUGGUAGAGGAUAUGGUGGCAAAAACUUUAGCUCCAGAGAAAUUCCUCAAGCAUUGGUUGCACUUACCAUAAUGGAUGACAAAAACAAAAGUACCUAUAUGGAUACUGGUGCCACUGAUCAUAGGACCUCUGAUCCAGCAUCUAUUGGUUCCUUAAAUCUUAGUGAUGUACUUGUUGUUCCUGAACUCAAGAAAAAUCUGUUAUCUAUUAGACCAAGUAACACAAGCAGUGGUGGCCAAAGGAAUUAGGAAAGGACAACCUUAUGCACUGGAAGAAGAAGAGAAGCAUGCCCUUGCAGCAAUUUCAAAUAAAGCUACAGAUUCCAUUUGGCAUCAAAGAUUAGGACACCCUAAUUCUAAUGUGCUAAAAGCUUUAGUCAUGAAAAAUAAUAUUGUAGUAUCAAAAUGGACUAAGCCCUUUCAUUUAUGCUCUAGUUGUCAAAUGGGGAAGAGUUGUAAGCUUCCUUUUAAUAAAAAUAAUGAAAGAGC